AUGGCGGAACGGGACAGAAUUAUCAAACUUAAUGUAGGGGGCACCCUUUACACCACAUCCAAAUCCGCACUGACCAGUGUCCGAGGAGGAUUUCUGGACAGAGUCGCAGUCGGGGAAAUUAACUCUAUGAGAGAUCAUCGUGGCACUAUAUUCAUCGAUCGAGACGGACACGUAUUCAGAUUCGUUCUGAACUUUCUACGAACCUCAAAAUUGACAGUACCACAGGGAUACAAGGAGCUUUAUUUACUAAGGGAAGAGGCUGACUUCUAUGGACUUCCGGGCCUAGUCACCGAAGUGGACAACAUUCUGAGGUCCCGGAAACGUCGGAACAAGCCACACAUGUCGAAACAGAAGAGUAAAAGUAUGGAUUUAAUUUGUGACGAAAAUGGAACUGUUAUCUUUGAGGAUGAUUCUUCUGACUAUUUCUAUGACUGA